AAUCGACUCCAUGGCCAUGGGUUAUUUAUUUAUUUUUUCCAACUUAGAGGGAAUUCUCCUUCCUUUUCUCCAGAGUUGCCUGGUUUUGCCCUAACCCAGCUCCAUUAUCUGCUCAAGGAUGGAAGCCAGGUCCCCAUCUCCCUACCCUCCACCCCUGCAGUUUUUGUAAGAUCUCAAAAAGUUCUUCCAGAAGUCUGGCCCAUUACCUUCCUGUCACAGCCCUGUCCUGCCCCUCCUCAUGUGCACUCAGAGCACAAUCCUGACUGUGAAACUUGAGGAGCCCCAGGCACCUCAUAGAUCUGAUCCUUCUGAGGUUGACAUCCCCAUUCCCACUGCUCAGAACAUACCACUAGGGGAUUUACCAGUAAGAAAGCAGAAGCCCAGAGGGACAGAGAUAGGGAGGUCCCAGCCUGGGGUGAGGGAGUAGAGAAAGAAUCAGGAGAGAUCAAGGUCAGAUAGUAGUAAGAACUUCCCAACACCCAAACACAGAGUGACACCAAUACGUGCCACCACCACCACCUUCAACUGCCUGGCUUCCGGGGGGAGGGACAACUGUCUUAUGGCUUUCCAUGACGUGGGUCCUCUGCUGGGGCUAAGGCUGUGGGUGAGGCGACACUUCCUGCCCCUUGGGGCCAGGGUGAGGGGAAAGAUGAGUUGCUGAGUGUGCACACCUUUCCAGAACACAGACAUACACCCUGUUCCGGGGGCUCCUUCUAAGGCUGCCCCCAUGGAGUUCCCCUUGGCUCAGAUAUGUCCCCAAGGGAGUCGCCAAGCCCCCAGCCCAACCUUCAGCACCUUUCUGCCCAUGGACUUGACCCGCAGGAGCUGCCAGGACCUGGACCUGCUCCCGAGGCCCAGAUCCCAGGCCCUGGAGGCUGAGGAGGCCCAGCUCAGCCCCAGGGCUUUGGCUAUUGAGGUUCCGGUGUCUGUCCAGGCCCGGGGGACUGCUUCCAAUCCAGAAGGGGCUGGAAAGGCUGAGGAGGUGCCUGGGGAAGGAGGCCUGACCCUGCAGGCCGAGACCCGGGCUUGGUUCCAGAAGACCCAGGCACAUUGGCUCCUGCAGCACGGGGCAGCCCCUGCCUGGUUCCAUGGCUUCAUUACCCGAAAGGAGGCCGAGAGACUGCUGGAGACCAAGCCUCAGGGAUGCUUCUUGGUGCGGUUCAGCGAGAGCGCCGUGACCUUUGUGCUGACUUACAGGAGCCGGGCUUGCUGCCGCCACUUCCUGCUGGCCCAGCUCCGGGACGGGCGCCACGUGGUGCUGGGCGAGGACAGUGCCCACGCGCGGCUGCAGGACCUGCUGCGACACUACACAACGUGCCCACUCAGCCCGUACGGGGAAAAGCUCACCGAGCCCUGCGAGCGCCAGCAGACUCCUGAGCCCGCAGGACUUUCCUUGAGGACUGAAGGAACAGACUCUGGAAGCAAAAUCCAGGACCCAACCCCCCACUAUACUGCAGUCGUCAAACAGGGACAGGCCCCAGACCCACUGCAGAAAGAGGGGGCUGGGGAGUCAAAGGAGCCCUCCCAGCCACCCAGGCCGAAGCCUCCCAUCCCAGCCAGACCUCAGCAGUCCCCUGAAGUCUAUGCAAGCCCCGCUCCGCGACCCCGCCUGGCCCCACCACGCAAGCCCUCCAAUCCGAUUUACCAUGAGCCUGAUGAGCCCAUAGCCUUCUACGCCAUGGGUUGGGGCAGCCCCGGGGAAGCCCCCAGCAACAUUUAUGCUGAGGUGGAGGUGCCCUCAAGGCGUGAGGGACCACAGUCCGUUGUGGGGCACCGGAUCCUACAGAAAUGCCGAUCCAGGCCUGUCUCAGGAAACCAGGUCUGGGUCCCCCAAAGAAGUCUGGAGGCCGGAGGAGCAAAUGUGAGGUCCACUUCCUCUUCGGGACACACCCACUGGUUCCCUCUUGAGAGUCUCCAGGAAUCCGAUGGCCCAGUGCUUGGCAAUCCUCUACGAUGGUGAGGAAGUGGGCUAGGAGCGCCCUGCUGGCUCCUGCUGCCCUGGUUUCUCCUCCUGGAGUCUCAUUUCCUUGGCCCUCUGAGCCUUUGAGGCUGGGCCCUGGUCCAAUGCUGCUGUUGUCUGAGGAAUGGUUUGGUGAGAACAGAUGUUAGAACUUGUUUGUUGAUCCUUCCCUGCCUAAUAAAUCAUCACCAACCACCUCCCGCCUCAGGGGUGCAAGUCCUCCAGGCUUCUGUUUGUGUCUGGC